UUGAUGAAAGACUAAGCUUUGGAAAAGUCGCAAACGUCAUGUUUUCGUUGAAUUGAAGUGUUUUUGUUUUGUCGUCAGAAUGGAAGGGAAAGUCAUUGGACCGGGUCCCUACAGAGCAACGAAACUGUGGAAUGAAACCAUUAAACUCUUCCGUGGAGGCAUGCCACUGAGAAGGCACUGGGCACACUUCCGGUACUAUGACUGCACUUUUGCUGGAUCUGAAGCUGUGGAUUAUCUGCAUGAUCUGCUGAGGCUCAAUGACAACUUUGGGCCAGAGGUGACUCGAUACCAGACGGUUCAACUGCUCAAAAAGUUUCUGAAGGCCCAUGUCAUUGAAGACAUCAAAGGUCGCCAUGGGACAGAGGACUUUGAAGACAAUGGCCAUCUGUACAGGUUCCCCAUUCGGUCUCCUCUAAAACCUUUUCCAACAAGGCCGCUGCUGAGAAAUGGCAGAAAUCUGCCCAGACUCAUUCGCUGGGAUGAUUAUGAAGAGUUGCCACAGCAGGAAAACAUCGCACCUCAGAAGCCAGCUGUUCUGAGUUCGGUGUUGUGGAAUAAGCGGCACAGUGUAGCUAUCGGGGAUGUGAGCGAAUGCAAGCUGAUACACAGGAAGGAACUUACACCGAAGCAAGUAGACCACAUCUGGAAAUCCAUGACGGUGGCACAUUUACAAAGAGUAUUGGGCCUAAAGACACUGGAUGGAGUACUGGAUUCCACACACGUGAACGGCAAACACAUUGUUCACAACGUGUUCUGUGUUAAUCAGAGUGGAAUAGUUGUGCUGCAGAACAAAUCUGAGGACAUUCCUUAUUGGGUGGUGUCAGCAAUGAAAUGUCUUGCAAAUUGGCCAAAUGGAAAUGAAAGCAAACACUCUGUGUACCCAAGUUUCGAGAGGGAUGUUCUGAAAACAGUUGCAGAUUACUUUCAGGAACUCAGAGAGCCCCUUCUGACUUUUCAUUUAUAUGACGUGUUUGUCAACAUUCUCAGUUUGCUGCAGGACCAGGAGGUAGCAGCUGAGGCUCUUCAAGUAAGCUGUCUUUUAAUGCCGCCAUCCAACCGACGACACCUGCAGCUUUUGCUGCGUCUCAUGACACGGGUUUGCCAGAAUCCUCACCUGCCCCCUCUGAAUGAUACCAUAGCCACCCGCACACUGAUGGUGCAGAUGUUUUCACAGUGUGUCCUGGGCUCAGUUGAUGACAUGGACUUAGAUGAACUGCUGGCCACCAGACUGGUGACCUUCAUGAUGGAGCAUCAAGACACCAUCUUCAAAGUGCCUUCAAAGUUGCGUUUCCAAGUUGAGGAACACUUAUCGCAUCUCCGAAGAGUUCAUAUCAAGUACGCAGGUUCAGAUACUGACUUCAGCACACCUCCAGGUUUUUGUAAACAGAUCAACAAGGUGGAGUUCGAGGAGCAGAUGUUGAUGGGAACUCAAAGACCUCUGCAGGAGCUGCUGGACAGCCUGAUUGCUGACAAAGAACUCCCUGCAAAGGACAAAAAGAAAAAGCUUAAACAGUUCCAGAAGUCUCACCCAGAAAUCUACAACAGCCGAUUUCCCUCCGGGGACGGCAAAGCCGGCGUGACAACGGAAAAAGCUCCACGGCUCAAGCAACAUCUCAUGUUCUUCAACCUCAAGAAUCCAUUCCAGCCUUUUCAGCGCAGCUGGAGUUUCAGAGCGUGAUCAAACGGACACGUUAAAACACCUGCUCUGAACUUUACCUCAUUGUCCCGACACAACGCACUCGUACAAGCUAACCACAAAAAUUACUCUAACAUAUUUGAGUUACUACUAAUGUAAAGGGUCAGUUCACAAAAUUAACUUAAUUACUUAGGUUUUUCUGCUGCUUCAUAGAACCCUGCUGAUAGUUGGUGGUUGUGAAACACUGGAAAGUCUUAAAGGUGGAAAAGGUGACGCAUCCAAAAACAACUCAGUGCAUCAUGAAAUAUUACCUCUUGUGCUUGAUUGUGUUUGAUCCCAUUUAAUGAGAUUAAAGAUAAUACUUUGUAAAGGUUUUGCUAAAAGCUAACUGUUGCCAAGCUAGUAUGAGAAAGAUGAAAACUAAACGGUCCCGCCCAUUAUUUGAGAUUUCACUGAAAGUGUUGGUCGAAAAUAUUAAACGUAAUUAGCAAUAGGAUGACCUAUUAAAAUUACAUUGGUCCAAACGUGACAAAAUGAUGGAAUCACAACACGUGGAGGAUGCUCACCCUUCUUUUUGUUCCAUCUUUUGGUUGUUCCUGUUUGUUCGUGUUCAUUGUGCAGCGUGGAUCCACGUUUUGAUUCAGGCGCAAGUCAGGAUACCUUUCCUGACACAACUCAAGGUCUUCAAAAACCUAAUGUGUAUGGCUUUCUGGUCUGAUUUUGUGAGCUUUAUCACCGUCUCAUUUAUUUGCAAUGAAGCAGAAGCAUUAUGUCAGUGUCCUCUGCAUGUGGUGAUUCCAUAAUUUUUUGCCUGGAAUGUGUUGGUGCAAAACUUGAAACAAAACUUUAUCAGCUCUUAAGUAAACUGCUGUGUCACAGGAUCUGCACAACUACUUGUACUAAAUUUGUGUUUUGGUACUUUUUAAGUUUCUAUAAAACUAUGUAUAUAGAAAAACAAAUUUGUAGUGAACAAAAUACAUUUCAAAAUGUGUUUUUUUUUUUUCUUUCUUAAUGUUAAAGAUUUAUGCAGUUAUGUAUUUGAACUAUUUCUUGAAUAAUGCAGUAUCUGUUUUCAAAGGGAUUACCUAAUGCAACGAUGCAUUUCAUUUUUAGGAACACUUAACUGAUGUGAAAUUGUGAAUAUUAUGCAGUCAGUGGUACCUUUUUCUUUGUUAAACCAGGUAGUUUAUCAUGAAACAUAUCAAGGGUUUUGUUUAAAAUGGCAAUGUGUGAUAUACCCAAAAUACAUCAAUUUCAGAGGAUUAAUUGAAAAGUUGUUUAAGAUUUACAUAAUGAAUUAUUGAAUUUCAUUCUUAAAGGUGCAUGGUGGGGUUUGCAACCAACCCAGUACACAAACCUCACCCCUCCCUGUCCAGUCAGGCACACGCUGACAGUCAUGACCCAGGACUUGGGCUUUCCGAACAUAUGCGACACAUUGAAAAGGAAAAGUUCACCCACGGGAGCAGAUUGUACCGACUAAAUGCUGUUGCUGGUCAGUGCUGUGCUUUUAUAAGUGUACAUCUUGUGAGGGCCCAGUCACACAGCACACAACGAUAGCUGAAUGAAGGGGAAAAAAGUCACAAAUCGUUGAGAAAAGGUGGACGAAUGAUCCUGCACUUGUCCCAUCAUCGAAAAGCCGGCGAGUCAAGAGCGCAUAACCUCCUGACUACCACGACAUAUAUAUACACACACACACAGAGUGAACACAAAAACACUCCUUGGAUUCAAAUAUGUAUAAUAUCAAGUCACGUGAACAAUUUUACAAUUUUCAUGUCAACAGUUGCAGAAACUCAAGUUUGUUUGUUUUUUUGUCUCUUUUGCAGAUUCUUCUUCAAAAUUGUAAAAUUAUUCAUGUAAAUUUUGAUAUUAUACAUAUCUGAAACCAAGGAGUGUUUUUGUGUUCACCCUGUAUAUUGGAACAAAACCGAAACUAACAAGAAAAAUGAAGCGAUUUUGAUGUCAGGGAGGUCAAACCCCUAAACAAAGCUUUGGUCCCUCCAUUUUUUAAAAUCGUGCCUGUUUUCACGUGAUAUCAAUCUAAUUCUUGUUUGGCAUGACAGGCUUCUGCGAUUAUUUUUUGCUGGGCAUUUGCUGGCUCCAUUGUUGGCUACACAACAGAUUCUGGAAAACAAACGGCAAUUACCUGUCCACGCUCUAAAAGGCGGGGCAUUCGGAAGCAUAGCUAAACGUCACAGCUUAAAUAAGAAAAUGAAUUUUACUGUAAAAUCUGACCUGAUAUUUUUACAGUGAGAAACGUAACUGAGAAAGUUGGCAGUUAUUUAUUUCUUGGGUGAGGUUAUAGUCUGUUCAAACAUUGGAUUAAAGCACGGCUUUGAACCAGAAUUUUCUUCCCAACUGGUUCAUUCUGUAGAGAAAGGGUAUUUUAACAUUUCCAGUUUUAGGUUCCACCCCAAAAUUGACAUUCCGGAACCGGUUAGAACAAAAAAAAAAGUUCCAGAACCAGUUGAUAACAUUCCAUGUCAUCUGUGAGACACUGACAACAUUGUAUAUGCCAGACCUGUAUGUGGCACUGUAACACUCCCACGAAAACCAGAGAAAACAAUACAGUGUCCUAUAGCAGACAGCAGAAGCUAGAACUUUCAAAAACGGGACACUGAGCAAAAUAAAGCCUUUUUGGUUAAAGAGGGUCAGUGCUGAUCACCUGAAAUAGUGUAUUUAAAGUGAAGCAGUGUGUUUCUUGUAUUUCUAAAAGACACAGCGUUGCGUUGCUUUCAGCCUCGCAGAUGAAGCCUGUGGACCCAAAUAAUGGACCGAGCGCUAACCCACCGCUGUCUAUUGAUUGGCUGAGCAGCUAAAGUUAAGCUCCAGUCCUUGGGUGACCGUUCAUGCAAUUCAACUGUUUAAAAUAUUAAAAACUAUUCACACACUGAGUAAAUAGAAAGUCUUAUCUGACCUGUUACGUCGUUUCAGUCGGAUUCAUCAUCACAGCCUGAAGAGAAGGUGUUUUGUUUUGGAAGAUUAUGUCUGGAACAUUCCUUGUGGAAAUGACUGAAGGAAUGCAGCAUUUUUAAAGACGUCCCUCGAUGUUUGUCUGCUCUGGGUGUCUUUGUCAAAAGCAUAAUAAUAAUAAUUAAUAAUUUGUUAAAAGCAUAAUAAUGACCUGAAUAAAUGCAGAAUUUUUAAAGACGUCCCUCAAUGUUUGUCUGCUCCAUGUGUGUUUCUCAGACUGAACCAGAGAACUCCAGCACUUUGUUCUAUCAACAAGAAAAAUAAGUUAUUUUAAAAAUCUUAUUUUGAAUAUCUGACGUAUCUUCAAUGUUCUGCUUGCAACGAAAAUAAAUCCCAUUUAGUCCACUAAGACAAAAAUUUAAAUGCAUGAUAAUGACCC